AACAAACUCGAUAUCUCGGGUAGAAUUUCUAUCAAGUCUUUGUGUCUUCGACACCAGGCAAUUUUUCGACUAUAGACAGAAGUUGCGAGCAAAGAUGUUGGCAACCUCUCGAAUUCUGUCCUUCGCUGCCCUUUGGCGUGCGUCGGCUGCGUUGCUCGUCGCAGAUGGAUCACCAUGCGGGACAAAAUGCGGCAAUGUGCUUAGCUCGACAACAAGCGAUAUGAUAGUCUGCGAUGAUUCGGCAUACAGUCUCUCAUCCCCAGGCCAAGUCUACCAAGCCUGUAUCGGUUGCGAGUCAACAAGUUCAUACACAACACCAAAUGGGGCACAGAAUAAAUCGGACUUACAGUAUAUGUUAUAUAAUAUGCGAUAUGCUGUAAAUGUAUGUCUAUUCGAGGCCGCAACGAACCCUUGCAUCACUUCUUUCGCCUGCGGUAACAUUCAAAGCGCGAUACAAUAUGGAAAUCUUACUUCCAGUAGUUCAAUAUAUGACUACUGCGACAAGUGGACCGACUAUAAUCUGGAUAAAUGUCACGCUUGCCUGACUUCGUCGUCCAAUAGCAACUAUCUUAACAACUAUAUAUCAAUCUUAGAUGGCGCCUGUAGGCUAAGGCUUGAACCACCAGCCACCCUCCCCUUGCAAGGCAACAUCUUUUCCACGGAUGUUGUAAAUGUAACAGAACCUACGCCAACAGCUACAUUCGCUCCGCCAGGCCUAAAGGGCCCCUUGGACGCCGGGGCCAUUGCCGGUAUCGUCGUCGGCGGAAUUGUUGUUCUUCUAGUUAUCCUUGGGUGUGGGGUCGUUCUCAACGGGAAACGGCGAAGAAAGGCGUAUCUCCGUCGCCGGGAGCAAACCGCCAAGAACUGGCCUUCGACUCACGGCGGUGGAGAAAUGUACGAGACGCCUGUCAGCCAGAAGCCCCUCCGAGGCUGGGAGGACUCGCCCAUCAGCGCGGCUACGCAGACAACGUUCCCGCCCUAUUUCUCGCCAUAUUCUUCGCAGUAUAACAGCCCCGUAAGCGCUUUCGAGGGCCCGAGCAACAUGGCGUGGCCGGUGGAGAAGUCGCACAACAACAUCGGUAUCGCGAUAAGCCCCGAUCGCGAGGCCUACUCUCCGUGGAGCGAUAGGAAGGGGAAGGAAAAGGCCUCACCGGUUGGAGAUGGCGGUUAUGAAUUGCAAGAGGGCUUGAACAGUGCCGGCGGUUACGAAAACAGCCAUCCGAUACAACCGGCGCACGCCUAUAACCCACCCAUACUAGGCCAUCCUGGUUACGGGAGGCGCAGUACGGGAUCCCAGGAAAGCCCGCAAGAGUAAAGAAGAGGAAAAUGCGAUUAUCUACAAUGUGGUGCUACUGAAUCCGGUGCGGCUUAAAUCUUUUUACUUUUAUGAUACCAGCGAGGAGUUGUGGUGUACGAUGAGAUACCUAAAGUGCGCGUUUAAUGAGUUACGCUGAAUUUCUUUGAUCAUCUAGGUGGAUGUACGUUAUAAUAUACCAUGUUUAAGGGGGUUACG